AUGAACGUUGCUGGUGAAGGGAUUUUGAGCCAAGAAAAGUAUGACGUCGUUGUGAAGGGGGUAGGUAUAAUUCCAUUUUAUGAUUACUGCAGAAGGAUGAGAGACGAUGUAGCAAAAGGAGUUCUGGUGAAACCUCGUGCAAUAAGUGUUUCCGUUGCAGAGCCGCAAACUUUUGUUCAGAAACUUACUUUUUACAACCUAAAUUCAUGCAGGAUCAAAUACAAAGUUUCUCUUCAAGUCAACGGUAUAAGGAAGUAUGGCUUGAGUAGAACUCGUGGCUCGUUAGGCCCUCGAUGUUGCAUAGAUAUUAAUCUACGGUAUAUUCCUACCGAUACAGAUUUCGAAACUGCAGUCACCGAUCUUGUGUGUUUUGAUUUUGCUGUGGACAGCGACGCCGUUACUGAAAGGUUUCGCUAUUGCGGUCGCGAAAUAACAUUAGUUCACAUAGUGCCUUCUAAAAUUAAUGUAUGUAAUGGAUAUAUUGAAUCAGCCUCAGGGGUAAGUUUCGCGAAGCCUUCACGAGCAUCAGCAAAUAGCCACAAGACGUCAAGGAUUAACAAGCUGUCUCCAUUGCAAACUGGUACAUCGCGAUAUAUAGGUUUUGCAUUUGCCGGUAUCUGUGCCAUUGUCCUUACACUACCCUUGAAGCUUCGCGGUAAUCUUGAAUCACAGAGUGACGAUGCGGCUUUCUGCAGCGCCAAUAACUCAGACAAUCAUGUUGUACCAGCGUUACUUUCUGGGACAACUUGGCUUUCUGUCCCUUGUUACUAUCAAAAUAUCGCAGCAUACUUUUUAGGGAUUAUCACUGUACUAGUUUUCAUGGGUUUUGAUCGUUGA